GGAUCGCCCAUGCAAAUGCCAUAUAAACCGCCCAAUGACGCAUCUCGGGAAUUUCUGUAACGCAACGAAUUAUAAGAAUAAAGAAGCAAACAAUGGACUACAACCUCCAAGAAAUCCUCUCAUCCGAUAUAAGAACCGAAAUCCCCGCCGAAACAGUCACUACCAUAACUUCUCAACCUCCCUUCGUCUCCAUCCCGGGACUUUUCAACGUCCGCGACAUCAGCAAUGGCGACCUGCGCCCCCGAUACGUCUACCGUUCCGGCGUCAUAUCCAAAAUCUCAGACGAGGGCAAAGUGACCCUCCGCAAUCUAGGCGUCACCACCGUCUUCGAUUUGCGCAGGCCUGAUGAGCGAACCAAAUCGCCCAGUCCUGUCAUCGAGGGCAUCGAGAUCGUCUGGGCACCGUAUACCCAGGAGCCAGGACCGACUGAUCCUUUAGACUUCAAACAAGAGGAUCAAGGCGUCACCGGAUUCCUGAAGAUGUAUAUGUGUAUUCUCGAGAUCUCGACGCCGAUUUACAGGAAGGUUUUCUUGCAUAUUCGGGAUUGUCCGCAGAAACCUUUCCUUUUUCACUGUACUGCCGGUAGAGACCGUACCGGUGUCCUGGCCGCUUUGAUCCUUCUGCUAGCGGAUGCCCCGUCUGAUGCUAUCGUUCACGAUUUUGUCCUCAGUCGGGUCGGAGUUGAGCCCGCCCGGAAGAUGCUGAUGGCGGCCUUCCCGACCAUCUCCGGACCUGUGACCCCGGAGAGUGCCGGGUUGUUGGAGCUGAUGAGUGUGCGAGCCGCUUCUAUGGUUGCAUUCUUGGAUGCGGUUGAACAGUCCUUUGGGGGCGUGACGGGGUAUUUGACGAGAAAACUGGAACUUUCAAACCAGGAUGUGGAGAUUAUACGAAUGAACCUGAGGGGAAAUUAAAAAAUGUUCCAACCCUUGAUUGGUAUAUUCUCGGAACUGUUCUGGUCUAUUCUAUUGAUAGACUUGGGAAGGAAGCAUGUAUGGGUAGAUGUACAACAGUCCAAAGAGGUAUAGUGCCUAACUCCAUUAUAUUUCUGUAGAGUGUAUCAAUUCGUCCUCCAUUAUAUCAGACCAUCAUUCAUUCUUUCCAUUACAGAGAAUUAAGCCCAUAAGUGGCAGAUCCAAAUUCCCUGGGUCUCAGCACCAUCACCUGACAUGACAUCAUGACCAGUAUAGUCAUUCCAGCAUCAUCCCACCUUAUCUGACUAUAACAUACUAGAGUGAAGAUCUAUAUGUUUAUAUAUAUCUCUCUCUCAAUCAAAUGCAUAAUGGAUACCCUGGACACCCUAGCAAUGGACCACCAUUGGGUCCACGGUUCCAUGACCAGACCCUUUACUGCCAUCGUUACCCUAUACAUGGGCCAGCAAUUGGCACUUGAGCUUGCCGUGCAGGAGAUAGUCAGUGUCGUGAAUGAAGUGUAUUAUGGCGGUGAUAGUGACCUUGGUAUAUAUAUCCUUCUUGUUUUUCUUUCUUUUUUUCCUUUGUGAGACUCUUUCAAACCCUGUAAUUUUUUUUUUGGUUUGUUUGUUUGUUUGCUACAAAUAACAUAUACAACUCUAUAUUACUAACACGAGAUUUCAAAAACACCAAACUAAAAAGACGAAUAUCUGAGAGACCUUUG